AUGAACAGCAAAAUGAAGGAGAAGGAUAUAAAGCUGGAUAAUUCAAUGCCAGUAAACAGGUGGUUUGAUCAUUUUAGGAAGAGGUUUGGCUUAAAAAAUGUUAAGAUACCAUCGAAGCUAAACAAGACGCUGAAGAAAAUGGAGCAGAACAAGACAGCAGCCUCUAGGUACCGCCAGAAGAAGAGGGCAGGACAGGAGUCUCCCACUGGUGAAUGUAAAGAUCUAGAAAAGAAGAAUGAGGUUCUGAAAGAGAAGGCAGACUCCUUGGCCAAGGAGAUCCAGUAUCUUAAAGAUCUGAUAGAAGAGGUUCGCAAGGCAAGGGAGAAGAAAUGGGUCCCCCAGUUAGGGUAG